AAAUCCUCCUGAAAUAAGAAAAGACUUCAAUUAAUCUUCUAUAGUGAGAUUCUUCAUACAUAAAGUGAGAUUUCAAAUGCACACUUUCACUUCAAGGAUUCGCAAUGGAAAUGGAAAAGAGAGAGGACUUGAACUCGAUUCUGCCAUUUUUGCCACUGCUCAUACGUUCAUCCAAUCUCUAUUGGCCAUCCCAAGCGGUGGAAAUACUCAGAGAGCUCGCGAGUGGGCGAGUCGACUCGGUCGAGCACUUGUUGGACGCUAUUUCUCACAUCAGGAACGCUCUUUCUCUCUCUUCCCAAUUUUGUUCCUCUUCUGCUCUACAUGGAUACGCCCUUUUCUUAAACGAUGUGAUGUCUGAAGAGGAAUCUAAGCAGUUUUUGAAUGAGGUGGUUCCGGCGUUCGGAAAUUUGCUUUUGAGGUUGCCCUCUUUGUUGGAAGCACACUAUGAAAAUGCUGAUAGGGUUAUAGAUGGAGACGGAGCUACGGUCAGAACUGGUCUUCGCAUACUUGAUUCACAAGAAGCAGGGAUAGUGUUUCUAAGCCAGGAGUUGAUUGCUGCUCUUCUUGCGUGCUCGGUGUUUUGUCUGUUCCCUGUCAAUGACAGAUCCGUGAGACAUCUUCCAUUGAUCAACUUCGAUGGAUUGUUUGCGAGUAUGUAUGAUGAUUACCAUGAAAACCUUGCACAAAAGGUUUGGUGCAUCGUUCACUAUUUUCAAAGGAUAACUUCGGAUAUGCCUAAGGGUUUUGUUUCAUUUGAGCGAAAAGUACUUCCCUUCAAAAAUGAUGCUGUUCACAUUUCUUACCCAGAUGUUAACUUUUGGAGCACUUCUGCUAUACCUCUAUGCAAAUUUGAGGUUCACAGUUCAGGACUCAUAGAAGAUCAAACAAGCGGAGCUGUAGAAGUGGAUUUUGCCAAUAAAUAUCUUGGGGGAGGCGCUCUUCGCAGGGGCUGUGUACAGGAGGAAAUCCGCUUCAUGGUCAGUCCAGAAUUGAUUGCUGGCAUGCUCUUCUUGCCAGCCAUGGCAGAUAAUGAAGCUAUAGAAAUUGUUGGUGUGGAAAGGUUCUCGAGUUAUACAGGGUACGCAUCAUCAUUUAAAUUUAAUGGUGAUUAUGUGGACAAAAGGGAUGUAGAUGCUCUUGGAAGGUGGAAAACCAGAAUUGUUGCAAUUGAUGCAUUAUGUAGCCCAGGGAUGAGACAAUACAGCACAAAUUUUCUCCUCCGUGAAAUCAAUAAGGCAUUCUGUGGUUUUCUAUACCAAUCUAACUGUCAACAGUAUCAGAAAAUAUUGCAAGAGAAUGGAUGUUCAUCUGUACUGUCUGGUGCUGCCACCUUAACAUCUAUGGAAACAAGUGAAAUAAAAACUUCAAACCAUGAAAUUAGAAAUUCUCAAAAUGAUUACGAUAUGAUGGAUCAGGAUAAUAAUAAUAUUGGGGUUGCAACUGGAAACUGGGGAUGUGGUGCCUUUGGAGGAGAUCCUGAAGUAAAGACCAUAAUUCAGUGGCUUGCAGCCUCUCAGGCUCUAAGACCUUUCAUAGCAUACUACACAUUUGGCUUGGAGGCAUUGCUCAACCUAGAUGAGGUUGCUCAUUGGAUUUUGACACAGAGAUGGACAAUUGGGGACCUAUGGAACAUGCUAAUUGAGUACUCUACAAAAAGAUCAAAAGGAGAAACUAAUGUCGGCUUCCUCCGAUGGCUCCUGCCAUCAAUAUAUAGUCAGGGUACUGGGAUGGAUUUGGCAAAGAGGCCUUAAUCUUUUGUUCAUUUUCUGUCUUUUGUGCAUCCCUUUUCUCUCUUUGAGAAAGAGCUGUGAAAAGGUCAAUGGUUGUUUGUGUAUAUGAAUUCCGUGUAUAGAUUGAUUUGUGGACUACCACGUUUUUCAAUUUUUACAUGUCUAGAUUGCCACUGUGAAGGUGGAACCUACUGCAAAGAGGACAUAUCAUAAUUUUUUCCCUAACAGAUACAUCCAGAAACUAUUGUUUUUGGUGAUGAACUAUUGUUAAAGAGGAGAAAUGCAAGUAAUAUAUUUUAUAGCACAAUUUUUU